AUGACUUCACCCUCAAACUGUAGAAAAAGAAAAUGGCGGGCUCAAACCUUAACGACUUUCUCCAAGAUUCGAGAGUUCACCGUGCAGCUGUAUGCGACUGUGCACGAGAAUGGAGAGCUCAUCCUGGAGGGGCUGCUAAAUAUCUACUGGGGUCUUCGCCGACCAAUAAGGCUUCAGAUGUUUGAUGACAACGAAAGAUUUCGACUCAACAGAUACCAGCAGACUGGUGUGCGGUGGCUGUGGGAACUCCACUGUCAGCAGGCAGGCGGCAUCCUGGGUGAUGAGAUGGGAUUGGGCAAAACCAUUGAGGUCAUCAGCUUUCUGGCUGGACUAAGCUACAGCAAACUGCGAACUAGAGGGUCCAACUACAGAUAUGCUGGUUUGGGUCCAACCAUCAUUGUGUGCCCGGCUACAGUCAUGCAUCAAUGGGUGAAAGAGUUUCACACCUGGUGGCCUCCUUUCAGAGUGGCAGUUCUGCAUGAAACGGGCUCAUUCACCAGCAAUAAGGAAAAACUGAUUCCAGAAAUAGCGUCAUGUCAUGGGAUCCUGAUUACCUCAUAUUCAGCUGUGAGAAAUCUGCAAGAUGCCUUACUACGGUACAACUGGCACUAUAUUAUCCUAGAUGAAGGCCAUAAGAUCAGAAAUCCAAAUGCUGGGGUCACUACCGCCUGCAAACAGUUUCGCACUCCUCACAGGUUCAUCCUGUCAGGCUCACCUAUGCAAAACAAUUUGAAAGAGCUUUGGUCUCUGUUCGACUUCGUCUUUCCUGGCAAGCUGGGGACGCUGCCUGUGUUUAUGGAGCAGUUUUCUGUGCCAAUAACUAUGGGAGGAUACAGCAAUGCCUCACCUGUACAGGUCCAGACUGCGUUCAAGUGUGCAUGUGUGCUGAGGGACACAAUAAAUCCUUACCUGCUCAGAAGGAUGAAGGCGGACGUCAAGGCCAACCUCUCCUUACCUGACAAAAAUGAACAGGUGCUGUUUUGCAGAUUAACAGAGGAACAGCGGCAGGUGUAUCAAAACUUCUUAGAUUCCAAAGAGGUCUACCAAAUACUAAAUGGAGACAUGCAGGUAUUUUCAGGUUUGAUCGCGCUGCGCAAGAUCUGUAACCACCCGGACCUUUUCUCAGGCGGGCCCCGGAUGCUGAGGGGAAUCCCGGAGGACCAGCUAACGGACGAGGAACAGUUUGGCUUUUGGAAACGCUCAGGCAAGCUGAUAGUGGUGGAGUCGCUUCUCCGCCUCUGGUUCAAGCAGGGACAGAGGGUCCUGCUCUUCACACAGUCUAGACAGAUGCUGGACAUCUUGGAAGUGUUUGUACGGGAACAGAACUACUCGUACCUGAAAAUGGAUGGGACGACCACAAUAGGUUCCCGACAGCCGCUCAUCGCUCGCUACAACGAGGACAAAUCCAUUUUUAUUUUCUUGCUGACCACUAAAGUUGGUGGACUGGGAGUCAAUCUGACUGGAGCCAACAGAGUCAUCAUUUAUGACCCAGACUGGAACCCCAGCACUGACACGCAG